UUUAGAAGUUGACCACCAACCAUUCUGUAGCAUGUAAUCAGUGAGAAUUUGUGACAGUGGCCACACCGUGCUCGACAUCUCUCCACUGUCGGUUUAUGGAAAGCGGUGUUUGAGGCGGAUGAGAAAAUGGCGGCUUCCUGGGCGGCAUGAGAACAUGUAGCUUUUUCUCAUUUUUAUUUAGAAUUAUCCCGGGUUCAAAUUAUUAAAUUGAGUCCCGCUCUCGAUACUUUUUUGGGGAUUAAAGUUACAGUUUACGAAGAAACUGAAUCUACCGGCACCAUGACAUCUGGGACCUCUGGCUCAGUUCUGCAGCCACGGUGGAAGCGGGUGUUGGGUUGGUCCGGCCCUGUCCCUCGGCCCCGACACGGACAUCGUGCAGUUGCAAUUAAAGAAUUGAUGGUCGUUUUCGGGGGUGGCAAUGAAGGAAUUGUGGAUGAACUGCAUGUGUAUAACACAGCCACCAAUCAGUGGUUCAUUCCUGCUGUCCGUGGCGACAUCCCGCCUGGCUGUGCUGCGUAUGGGUUCGUGUGCGACGGCACCAGGCUGCUGGUGUUCGGAGGGAUGGUGGAGUAUGGCAAAUACAGCAACGAUCUGUAUGAACUGCAGGCCAGUCGCUGGGAGUGGAAGCGUCUGAAGCCCAAGUCUCCUAAGAACGGCCCUCCUCCCUGUCCCCGCCUGGGACACAGCUUCUCCCUGGUAGGGAACAAAUGCUUCCUGUUUGGAGGACUGGCUAACGACAGCGAGGACCCCAAGAACAACAUCCCCAGAUACCUGAACGAUUUGUACACGUUGGAGCUGCGUGCCGGCUCCAGUGUGGUGGGCUGGGACAUCCCCAUCACCUACGGGGUGUUGCCCCCGCCCAGAGAGAGCCACACUGCCGUCGUCUACACAGAGAAGACCUCUAGCAAGUCCCGUCUGGUCAUCUAUGGGGGUAUGAGUGGCUGUCGACUGGGGGAUUUGUGGACACUAGAUAUAGACACCCUGACAUGGAAUAAACCGUCGAUCAACGGGACAGCUCCUCUUCCCCGCAGUCUCCACUCUGCCACCACCAUCACCAACAAGAUGUUCGUGUUCGGCGGCUGGGUUCCCCUGGUGAUGGAUGACGUCAAAGUAGCGACACACGAGAAGGAGUGGAAGUGCACGAACACACUGGCCUGUCUCAACCUAGACUCGAUGGCGUGGGAGUCGGUGCUGAUGGAUUCUCUAGAAGAUAACAUCCCCAGGGCCAGGGCCGGUCACUGCUCCGUGGCCAUCAACUCACGCCUCUACGUCUGGAGCGGACGGGACGGAUACCGCAAGGCCUGGAACAACCAGGUGUGCUGUAAGGACCUCUGGUACCUGGAGACAGAGAAGCCCCGCCCCCCGUCACGGGUCCAGCUGGUGAGAGCCAACACCAGUAGCCUGGAGGUGAGCUGGGGCGCGGUACCUACUGCAGACACCUACCUGUUACAGCUGCAGAAGUACGAUAUCCCCUCAGCCACUACCACGCCCGGUGUCAGCCCCGCGACGUCACUACCGGUCAACUCCCCCAAGAGCCCUGUCACAGCCCCUGCAGCGUCCGCCCAGGGCCUGCCUCUCCAGGGCAUAACGCUGGUCCCCUCCCCCACGACCACAAUGCCUGGGAGUCCACUGGCUGCUGCGAAUGCACGCGGGCCAGCUAUCCUGAAGGUGUCUGCUCCCCAUUCCACCACAGGCACCUCCAUCGUCACGGUGAGGCAGGCCAACCAGGGCGGGAAAUCUCCCGUAACGGUGACAUCACUUCCUGCCGGGGUCCGCAUGGUGGUGCCGGCCCAGGGUGCACAGGGAACGCCAAUGGGCAGCAGCCCUCAGAUGAGUGGCAUGGCUGCAUUGGCUGCAGCGGCUGCUGCCACACAGAAGAUCCCGCCCUCCACGGCCACCAUGCAACUUCCAGCUGGUGCUACUAUGGUCAAGACCGUGGCCAUGAGCCCCGGUUCACAGACUGUCAAAGUAGCCUCGCCUGUUAUGGUUAGUAACCCAGCAACCCGCAUGCUGAAGACUGCUGCGGCUCAGGUGGGCACGUCAGGUGUUGUCACACCCGGAACGCCUUCUCGCCCUAUCAUCACCGUGCACAAGUCUGGCACGGUGACGGUUGCCCAGCAACACCAGGUGGUUACCACGGUAGUGGGAGGAGUCACCAAGACAAUCACCCUUGUCAAGAGUCCCCUUACUAUGGGGGGAGGUGGAACACUGCUGACCGCGGCCAACCAGGGUCAAAACAAAGUGAUGUCUGGGAAGGACGUGCAGCAUUGGCUGUCUAACCUGUCCAACCUGGGGAAGGUGAUGUCCGUGGUCCAGACCAAGCCUGGUCAGACAGGAGCGGUGACGGGACAGGCUGGCUCCAGCCUCCAGCACAUCAUACAGACGAAAGGUCCCCUCCCGGCGGGCACCAUCCUGAAGCUGGUGACCUCAGCGGACGGCAAGCCCACCACCAUCAUCACUACGUCCCAGGCUGGGACCGCGGGGGGCAAGCCCACCAUCCUAUCCUACAGCGGCAUGCCCACCACCACCAAGCCUGGCACGCACAUCAUCAAGACCAUACCUAUGUCUGCCAUCGGACAAGCAGGAGUGACAGGAAGUGGUAUGAAGUCCCCCAUUACCAUUAUCACCACUAAGAUGAUGACACCAGGCACCGGGACACCAGGCAAGAUCAUCAGCGCAAUGCCCAGAGCUGGGGCUGGUCAGCAGGGACUCACACAGGUGGUGCUGAAGGGUGCCCCUGGACAGCCCGGGACUAUUUUACGGACCGUCCCCAUGGGAGGAGUACGUCUCGUCUCCCCGGUUACUGUUUCCGGUGUCAAACCUAACGUCACCACCCUUGUUGUCAAGGGAACCACAGGCGUGACAACGUUUGGUACGGUGACUGGUACAGUGUCUUCGAGCCUGGCGGGUGGAAGUGUUGCCACGGCUACUCCCAUCACGACCUUGGGCACCAUGACCGCUCUGCCUGGACAGGUCACCGUCUCCGCAGCGCAGGCGGGAGCUCAGCCCACUCAGGUGACCCUGAUCACGACCCCCAGUGGUGUGGAUGCUCAGCCUGUCCACGACCUCCCGGUCUCCAUCCUGUCCUCCCCCACCUCCGCCGACCCCUCGUCCACCCAGCCCGAGGCAGGCGACCCAGGAACGGUAACCCUGGUCUGCUCAAACCCACCCUGCGAGACCCACGAGACCGGCACUACCAAUACAGCUACCACGGCCUCCGCUAACAUGACUGGUAAUGGUGGGGUGGAGAGGGUGUGUUCAAACCCGCCGUGCGAAACCCACGAGACCGGCACCACCAACACUCAAACAACAGCGUCCUCCAACAUGGGCCAGGUACAGCAGGUGUGCACCAACCCGCCGUCAGAGACCCACGAGACCGGCACCACCAACACUCAAACGACAGCGUCCUCCAACAUGGGCCAGGUACAGCAGGUGUGCACCAACCCGCCGUCAGAGACCCACGAUACAGGUACCACCAACACCCAGACCACCGCCAGCUGUAACAUGGGAUCCAACCAGCAACAACAGGGCUCCUGUGUAACCAACAACACCAGCGGGUCUGAUCCCCCGUCCUCUCCGCCCCCCUCCUCCUCCGGAGACCUCUCGCCGUCGGCUGUUUCUGGUACCAGCUCUGUGCCCGGGGUGCUGCGACCGGAGACUCUGAGAACAGGGACCACCUACACCUCGACCACCGCACGCUCUAACAUGGGCUCUGACCAGAUGGGCAUGACGCUCAGCUCCUCGUCCUCAGAUAACCAGAGCAAGUCAUCCAGCGGAGGAGGAGGAGGAGGAGGACCCCCCCUCACCUCUCCUGUCUGCUCCAGUCCACCUUGUGAAACGCACCAGACUGGCACUACCACUACGUCGACGCAAGCCAACUCCAGUAUGGGCAUCGGGCAGACUACAGGGACGGUCCAGAGGGUGUGUUCCAAUCCGCCGUGUGAAACACACGAAACGGGCACCACCAACACCCCGUCUCAGACAACGUCCAACCAGACCGGGACGGGCACGGUCCAGAGGGUGUGUUCCAAUCCGCCGUGUGAAACGCACGAAACGGGAACCACCAACACGGCGACUACAGCCCAGCCUGGUGACUCGACACAGGGAGACAACGGAACUACAGAGGCUCCCUCGUCGUCCUCAGUAACCACAGAGUCCAGCGCCGUGGUGGCGGCUGGCCGAGCAGUUACCACGGUUACCCAGUCCACACCCACACCUGGACCCUCUGUACCUGAGAUCUCGUCGAUGUCUGGGUCGUCUGAGGCGAUGGUGGCGGCAUGUAUAGAGGGAGAGGAGGCCAUGCAGACGGACUGUCUCCCAGAGGGCACAGUGAGGGUCGUGACCCUGGAAGAGGCUGCUGCAGCUGGGAUACAGGUCCAUGUGGAGGGCAUGGAGGAACAGAACCAGGAGGAGCAGGAGGGCCUGCCUGCAGAGCUGAUGUCUGAAGGUGACGCAGGGGGCCAGCAGACCCUGAUGGUGACGGGUUUAACCCCCGAGGAGCUGGCUGUUACCGCUGCAGCCGAGCAGGCAGCACAACACGCUGCUGCUGAGGAGGCUAACGCCCAGGCCAUGGCCAUACAGGCUGUCCUGCAGGCCGCACAGCACGCUGUCAUGAAUGAAGGAGACAGUGGCCAGGAGGGCCAGCACCAAACCACCACCAUCCCCAUUGUGUUGACUCAGGCUGAGCUGGCAGCCCUGGUGCAUCAACAACAACAGCUGCAGGAAGCCCAGGCUCUGGCCCAGGCGGCGGCGGCGGCAGCAGCAGCAGCACAGCACAACCAGCCCACCGAGGGCCUGGCCCCAGCAGACAGCCUGAACGACCCGGAGUCAGAGAGUAACGGCCAGGAGCUGGCUGCAGCAGUGACCCAGGCGGUGGCCCGGCUAGCCCCAACCUGCACCAUGGUGGUGACAAACCCGGGUAAGACUCAGCCCAUGAUGGUGGCCACCCCUGCUAAGACUCAGCCCAUGAUGGUGGCCACCCCUGCUAAGACUCAGCCCAUGAUGGUGGCCACCCCUGCUAAGACUCAGCCCAUGAUGGUGGCCACCCCUGCUAAGACUCAGCCCAUGAUAGUGGCCACCCCUGCUAAGACUCAGCCCAUGAUGGUGGCCACCCCUGCUAAGACUCAGCCCAUGAUGGUGGCCACCCCUGCUAAGACUCAGCCCAUGAUGGUGGCCACCCCUGCUAAGACUCAGCCCAUGAUGGUGGCCACCCCUGCUAAGACUCAGCCCAUGAUGGUGGCCACCCCUGCUAAGACUCAGCCCAUGAUGGUGGCCAGCCCGGCUAAGACUCAGCCCAUGAUGGUGGCCAGCCCGGCUAAGAUGCAGGCAGCUGCGACCCUGGCAGAGGUGGCUAACGGCAUAGAGUCUGCUGCAGGGAGACAAGGAGCUCCUCCUGUGGUGGCCAAAGCCCCGGUGAAGAAAGACAACCAGUGGUUUGAUGUUGGCAUUGUCAAAGUGACCAACACCGUGGUCACACACUACUACUUGCCCACUGACGACCAAGCCUCUGUCGAUGAUGACUCUGGGGCGAUCCCAGACUACAGUCAGAUGAGGAAGAUGGAUCUCCAGCCUGGAACGGCCUAUAAAUUCAGAGUGGCCGGGAUCAACACCUGUGGCCGGGGGAACUUCUCAGAGGUCUCGGCCUUCAAGACGUGUCUACCAGGCUUCCCCGGAGCUCCCUGUGCUAUCAAGAUCAGCAAGAGCCCAGACGGCGCCCACCUGACCUGGGAGCCUCCGUCGGUCACAUCUGGUAAGAUCAUUGAGUACUCGGUGUACCUGGCCAUCCAGAGCGCCCAGAGCGGGGAGCAGGCCAAGCCCACCACCACCACCACCCCAGCCCAGCUGGCUUUCAUGCGAGUGUUCUGUGGGCCCAACCCUUCCUGCCUGGUGCAGUCGUCCAGCCUCUCCAACGCACACAUAGACUACACCACCAAGCCUGCCAUCAUCUUCCGUAUCGCAGCCCGCAACGAGAAAGGUUACGGUCCUGCCACGCAGGUCAGGUGGCUCCAAGAGAUAGGUAAAGAUGGCGUUGCAGCUAAACCAACUGCUAAGAGACCAGGCUCCUCACCUGACAUGAAAGCUGCCGGUCCUAAGAAGGCCAGAUCAGACCAGUAAAGGGAGUUUCCUUCUUCUCCCCUUGUUGUCCAUGAUGACUAUUACUGAACUGAAUACAACACCCCUCAACCAGCCCCCAACAAGACCCCUCACCAACUAUCUACAAUAUCCUUGCCUCAACCUCAGGCCCACAAACCUGGACCCAGACCGGCCCACAAACCUGGACCCAGACCCAUCAUUCUCAAAAUGGAUACAAAAAAAAAAACAGAUGAAAAUAAUUCCAGAGCCCUCAUCACUCGAGGUUGUGGUGCCACGGACACCUUGUUUCCAACCUCGUGUUCUUUAUUGGUUUAUUACUGAUCUUCUGUUUAAAACGGUUGAAAGCACACAAAUUACAUUUUUCUUGGCUUUUUUUUAUUUUAUUUUUAAUGAUUUUCGGUGAAAUCAACAACAACAAAAAAAAUACAAAAAAAACCACUGUGGAGUUUUAACUGUAGUUGCUAGCUAGUUUUUUUUCGUCUCUGUCCCAGGCUUUUCUCCAUCCCGGUUUAACAACACGAGCAAUUACACGGCACAAAUAGCUGUGUAUGUCCGAUGUCAUUUGCGCUUCGGUUGAUUGGUCACAUGUAGAAGGAUCAGAUGGUUGCAACAGAAGAACACAGCAUCAUCGCGUUGCCAUGGGGAGGAAAACACCAAUGGGAAAACAGACAGCACUUGGGGAGGACAAGAGGGGGGAGUCGUCGUCGUCAUCAUCAUCAUCAAUCGAUUUAAGACUUCAUAUUUGUCCUGGCUUUCGUCUUGCUUUGUGACAUCACUGUGUUCACAGGGAGUAAAAAGAGAACAAGUGUUUCAAUCAAGUAAAGAACGGGAAGUGUUUGUUUUGGUGUAGGUUUUAGGAGACUACUUUAAUUCUCUAGUCUGUUUCCUUUCGUUGGAGGGUGUGUGGACACUGGCUGACUGCCAACCAGGGUGAAAAGUACAAUGUUUUGUUUUUUUACAGCCUUAUCCGACAGGUAAUUUGACACUUAUUUCAGAAUUGGUGGUCUAAUGAACCGUUAAAUAAGGACUUUUGUUACUUGCUCUGCUGCGGAAGAUGAGAGAACAGAAACGAAAGAUUUGACUGAAAGAAAGAGGCGAGUGGAUGUUUUUUUGUUUAUACUUUCAGUAAAAAAAAAAAAAAAAUGAAUUAAAGGAAUUGAUUUGCAGAAGGAAAGCUUACUUUUCACCUGUCCUCCUCGUCGUCUCAACCUGUCGAUAGUCCACGGAAUGCAUUUGUUGACAGCUAUGGAAUUCAGAAGGUUCUUUUUGUUCCAAGCCUUGUUUUUUUAGAGUUCUGAGAAUUAACUGGGAUAUUUUCUGCCCCUCCCCCCCCCCUCCCCAAAAUGCGGACAAACUGUUGAUAUUGAUAACCAUUCACAUUACUUUUGGUGUAUUGUUGUUGUUGUUAUUAUUAUUAUUUGCUUUACAUAUGUUUAGGUAUGCAAGUAUGUGUGUAAUGUUUUCCAUGUAGUUGGCAUGUAUUUUUGAAACAGAGCAUUUUAUUUACCGAGAGGUGGGAAAUGUUUCGUAAUGAAGAAUGAUUGAAUGGUGCAGCAGCAAACAGGGUUUGAGCUCAGUUGUAAAUUAGUUCCUUCCUUCACGUAGCAAGUAAAGUUUAAAAAAAAUAAAAUAUAAUAAAAAAUAAUCUCUUUUUUAUAUAAUUAUCUGUAACAAAAAAUGUUUUUACAUGUUUGUCAUCUUGGUUGCUUUAUGUCUUGAUAUAUAUAAAAAAAAAAACUGAAAAUG